UCCUUCCCCCCUCCUCCCCCCCCAUCGAUGCCCUUUCGGUCACAGUCCGCACUGUCGACUCCGGUAUAGGAGACCUCCAUCAUGGCAGCCCCUGCGAAUACCGGCCCUCAGGAGCCUCUCUAUUCGCACAACGGCCAGAACCACCAUACAAGGUCUCCAUCGCCCCAGUCCCAGUCCCAGUCCCAGCAUCGUCGUGGAUACCAGGCCUGCGAUCCGUGCCGCAAGCGCAAAGUGAAGUGCGACCUUGGCAGUGUCGAUAAUCCUCGUCCUCCGCCUUGUGUACGAUGUCGCCGUGAAAGCAAGCGCUGCGAGUUCUCCGCGACGAGGCGCAAACGCAAGCCCUCCGAUGCUGACGAUGAGUCGGAGGAUGCGGCCCUGCGUCGCGAUAAGCGUAUGAUGGUCGGAGAAGUCCUUUCUACCCACAGCUCCAAUAAUCGCGAUAGCUCGCCCUAUGUGCCUUCACUAGAGCAUGUUCCCUCGUCUGCCACUGCCACUGCCGCUGCUCUCGACAAUAACACCCCUGGUCGUCCGCGACUCAAGUGGUCAGAGAGUUCGCCUGCAGCUAGUCAACUACCUCCGUCCACCGCCAGCAGUCAUCAUCGUUACACCUCUUCUACCGGCACCACCACCGCCACCACCAACCACCCGACAUCCACCACCCAGUCCACGACAGCGGCGCAUUUCGCGGAUGCGCGGGGUAACCGUCGCUCAGUCUUCUCGGCCGGCGACAGAAGUCAUGCGCCCAGUUUCAGCCUCGAGGGCGGCCAGCCCAUGAUGAACCGGACCGCCGUCGAGCUGCUGUCGCCCGCCAUCAGUAACAGUCACGACGCGUUGCACCUCCUCUCCGAGGCCGCCGGGCGCACGGAAGAUCUUAAUCGCCAGAGUUUAGAGAACCGAUACGGCGCGCGACAGUCGGUCUCCUCGUUCAAUUCGCCCAUGUCCCCCCUCACGCAGGCUGGCACUCCGCGUAGUGCGGGCGGGUCGUUCUCGAGACCGGCUCGCUCCGGUACAGUCCCCGGUGCGGGUGGGUAUUAUCCGGCCGGUGGCUCGGGGGCGCUGGAUGCGCAGCACCCCGAUGGUCGUGGCCAGGCGGACUCGACGGAGAAUGCGCCGGAUCCGGGCUUCGCUGAUGCGGUCCGGGCAUGGUCGCGACUACGCUUUGUGCGGGCCGGCUGGCUGUCGGUUGAAGAGGCGAUGGCUUACGUUGCAUACUACUACGAACAUCUCGCUCCCCUGAGUCCGAUCGUCAUCCCGGAUUUCUCUCACCCAUCCGCCCAUCGCAGUCUGCUUACGGAUGAGCCUGUCCUGGCGGUAGCCAUCUUGACGACUGCGUCACGACAUAUGAAGCCGAAGGGCGAUGGGGCCUAUACACGGGCCUUUUACAUCCACGAUCGGCUUUGGUCGUAUCUCCGCGGCAUGAUCGAGCGUCUCUUCUGGGGCCAGGAGAAGUUCGACAACAACGGCAUGGGUAUCAGCCGGCCGCGGUCGUUCGAUCUCGCGCCCACCGCUGCCAAGGUGAAUCACAAAGGAAACCUGCGGUCGCUGGGUACGAUCGAAGCGUUGCUUAUUCUCACUGACUGGCACCCUCGGAAUCUGCAUUUCCCCCCCGGCGAUGACGAGAACGCUUUACUGGAUCUGGACGCUCAUACCCAGAGUCGGUACGAAAGAGAGCUGGAGACCGAUGCGGAGAACACGGCAAAUCGUGCCCCCAACAACGCUGCGGAGGGUCGUCUGGCCUUUCAGAAGUGGCUUGAGCCCGCUUGGCGGUCGGACCGCAUGGCGUGGAUGUUGCUGAGUACGGCGCAGGCGCUGGCGUUCGAGCUGGGAGUCUUUGAUCAGAAGAACGAUGCCAAAGCCGCUGUGGAACCGCUGUCGGAGCAAACCCGCAAGCGCCGUCUCCGUCGCCUGAUUCUCGUCUAUAUCACGCAAAGCAGUGGCCGUCUGGGCAUCCCGUCCAUGCUGCCCCUGCCGCAGUGGACCAGCGAUAUCCAGCCGACGCCCAUGACGAGUACCAAGGGUAGCGAUGCCAUCGUCGACCGCAUGCAUGACUGCUGGAUUGGAAUCUCCAAGAUCAUGUAUCAGAGCAAUCAGCUGCUUUUUGCCUCGAACGAGCAGACGUCGGAACUGAUCCGGAGUGGACGAUACCGUGAUCAGAUCGAUCGCUUCCAACCGUUCCUACGGGAGUGGCGGCAUAACAUCGACACCAUUGAUCUGGCUCCGCCUAUGAGGAAUAUCUUAAUGAUCGAAUAUGAAUAUACUCGGCUCUACGUCAACUCUCUUGCUCUGCAGGCGGUGGUGGACCGGUGGACGACGAUGUCGAACGAAGCGGCUCAGAGCCAGAUUUCGCGACCGAACGCCGGCCCGUCGGCCAGCGGGGUUGGGUUUCACGUGCUCAUGGAGUUGUAUCGCGUCAACGAGCCGUACAUUCAAGAGGUGGUGGAUGCAUCCCGCAAGAUUUUGCAGACCGUGCUGGACGUUCUGGUUCCCGGCGACCAUCUCAAGCAUGCGCCGGUGCGGACAUGCUUCCGCAUUCUGUCUGGGAUGAUUUUCAUCCUCAAGACUUUCACCCUGGGGGCCAAGGAAGACGAUGUGCGCGUGUCCCUGGAUCUCCAAGACCGCACGAUCGAAGCCCUCCGGACAUGUGUGGUGGACGACGUCCACCUCAAUCACGCGAUUGCGCGACUGCUGGAGUUGUUGACGACGAGUAUCCGCACGCGAUUCCUCCGGUUCGCCCCACUGGACCGCGGUGGGGACGGGGAGCAGGAGCGGCCGUCAGCGCCGGCGUCACGACAUCAGUCGCCGCGGCCGCGCGACGGAGCCCCGGCCCGUCGCGAGGGGUCCAGCAGUCACGCAUGGACGCCGUCAGCGGCGGCGGCGGCGGCGGCGGCGCAGCAACAGCAGCAGCAGCAGCAGCAGAACAACCUGGGGUAUGUGGACGGGACGAGCCAGACGGGCACGAGCAUGAGCUCCUCGGUGGUGCAUGACCCCCUGGCGGCGAUUCCCGCGCAGUCGAUCAACUCCUCACACAUCAACGUCUCCUUCAUGCCGCCCCCGCCCUCGAUGUACCACAACUACUACGACCCCAGCGCGACGCCACCUGCUGGGGAUGUGGAAGGCCCGUCCGCCUCCUCGGCGACGACGGCCAACAACGUCCCCUCGAUGGCCGACCCUGCGGCGGCCACCACCUCCGGCGGACUCCCGGACUGGUUCGCCCUGCCGCUGGACCAAUUCUUCAACAGCUCAACGGCGGUGGUCGAUCAGGGGUUGGGCGGCACGGGCCCGAUGGUGGGGGAGUUUGACAUGUUGGAGGUGUUGCUGAAUGAGCAGUACGAUGGGGGCGUGGGGCCGGGCGAGGGGGGAGAUGCUACUGCUGGGGGGGGGAAUCUUUCCUCGCAGUUUUUGCCAUGA